CCCACCAGCUCGCACCCCUCCGUCAGACCCUCGACCCCCAGAGAGCCCGAGCCCAUGCCCCUGCCCUACAGGGGAAGGGGACCCCGCCUGGCCGGCUCCCGAGUGGCGACCACUAGCCUCCCGCGGGCGACGCCCCGCUCCCCAAGGCGCUCCGGCCGCGGGGCCCCGCUGUUGAGCCAUGCGCAACGCCUCACCCGGCGGCGCCAUUCCUCGGAGCAGGUCCCACCGGAGCCCGAGCCACUGGCUGACUUCCGCUCGGGAAAGUGGCUCCAGGAGCGCGCCGGAGGGGACGCCAGGGCCUCGCGGCAAGCUCUGCGUGCUGGGAUGAGCUCUAGACCCAGGAUCUGUGGUCAGGAAGAAGUAGUGAUCCCUUGUGCUUCUGACAAUGAUUCGGGAAGUGUGGACUUGCAGCUGAGCAACUUAGAGGAUGUUAAAAAAGGUCCAAGUAGCUCUGAAUUUACAGACUUGGAUAUCUCUGACAUCCCUGGACUUCCUCGGGAGUCCUUCUCAUGUAGCUUCAGAUACCCGACCCACCAGGGGCCCUUCAGUGAGGCCAUCAUUGAGAGGCUGAUCCAGUCCAUCCAGGCGGUUUUUAAUGGUGAGCUAAAGGAUGAACUUGAAAAGCUGACAUUCCUAAGAUCUUUGUCUUCUCUCAGCCAAACUUUAUCUUAUGAUGAAACCGCAGAAUCAUUCAUUCACAACCACAUAGCAAACAUUGUGCAUACCCUAAAUGUACUGGUGCAAGAGGAGCCGCUGCAUUCUCUAUUCAGCCCUGUGCGCCAGGAGGUCUUUGUCACCAUUACUGAUCUCAGUUACCAAGAUGUCCAUUUGCUGUUUGGCUCUGAAGAUCGAGCUGAGUUGUUCAGCCUCAUCACCAGAAGUAUGAUCACUCUGCCCUCUGUGAGGAAUCUUCCCCAGCUGCAGGAAAUCAUGCCGAGUGGGCCCUACAACUCAGAGUGUCUCCACAGGCUGACGUUCCAGGCCUUCUUUGAGAUGCUCCAGAGUUUGGUGAUAAAAGACCCACAUUUGGAAAAUCUUGACACCAUUUUGAAGCACAUGGACCCCUGGUUACAGUCAGUCAAAGACCACGAGCGGGAACGGGCCACAGCCAGCAUGGCUAAAGUUCUGAAGUGCUUGUCCAGACAUCUCAGCUUGAAGUUUCCGCUGCGAUUCCAAAGACUUGGACACCUGGUGGCUCUGAUGGUGCUGCUGUGUGGGGACCCAGUGAAGGAGGUGGCCGAGGAGGCUGCAGAGGGCACGCACUACCUGCUGUAUAUCACCCAGAGGCUCAAGUAUACCACUCAUGACAAGGAAAAUCACCAAAGCUUAAGAAGAGCAUUGAAAAAAUGUCGAGAAUUCCUAGAGCUCUACAAUAUUAAACAGUUCUACAGUUGUCCCUUCGAAAUUACCCAGGUCUUUGAAGUUUUUCUCAAUCCCAGUGAGCUCUGCCAGUUUGUGAUGGCUACAUUGGAUGGCCUGAAAAAUCUGAAAAAUCCCUGCAUCCAGGAAUCAGCAGGAGAAUUGCUGAUAACAUUGGUGAAAAAUGCAGUGUCCCGAUUUGAGAAGGUGCCAGAAAUUAUAGGAGUUAUCUGUGCCCGGCUAUCCAUAAUCAGCCAGCCUAGAGUCCGCCAACAAAUCAUAAAUGCUGUGAGCUUGCUUAUAUCCAGGCCCAAGUACACGGACACAGUGCUCAGCCACCUUCUGUGUCAUCCAAUACCAUAUGACAGGCAUCUAGCUGAGUUGUGGAGAUCCCUGGAGGUAGAGCUGCCCAGCACGACCUGGAUUCUCUGGAGGCUCCUGAGGAAGCUGCAGAAGUGCCAUAAUGUGCCCACCCAGGAGAAGAUGGCCUAUGAGGCCGUGGCUGCAACAGACGCCCUCUAUGAGGUGUUUGUGGGAAACCGUCUCCUAGCAGCUACGUUGCGACUCUUCCCUCAGCUUCUCAUGGCGCUGCUCAUCCAGAUUCACCACAGCAUCGGCCUCACCAUGUCUGACGUUGCCGUCCCAAUUGGUCUGUACCCACAACAGGAAGUGUCUUCAGAGGCCACCCCUUUGAGCUUUGCUAUGCAGGCUAUAAAGACUCUCCUCCUCAGAACAUUGUGCUGGCAGGAAUUCAACCUCAUGGAAAAGAAUAAAGGAUGGGCUCUUCUAGAAAGAAAAGAUUGCCAUCUUCAGGGAGUAUUUCUCCUUGCCAAUGCAUUGCGGGAAAGAAGUCACCACCUUGCACGUAAGGUCAUGUACUUGUUAGUCCCACUUCUUAACCGAGGGAAUGAUGAGCAUAAACUCACAUCUGCAGCCUUUUUUGUGGAGCUUCUCCAGAGUCCGGUGGCUAGAAGACUGCCUAGCAUAUACUCCAUUGCCCGCUUGAAAGACUGGCUACAUCAUGAAAAUAAUCUUUUUAGGAUUGUUGCCCUGAGGGGACUGCACAAUCUUGCCAGACACCAGGAGAUGAGGGAAGAUAUCAAGAGCCUGUUGCCAUGCAUCUUAGACAGGUUAUGUGAAGCCGAUGAGGAGAUUGUUUUGUUGGCCAUCCAGAUACUCCUGCAGCUUGUCAGGACAAUGGAUUUCACUACCCUGGCUGCCAUGAUGAGGACCCUGCUCUCCUUAUUUGGUGAUGUGAGACCUGAUGUUCAUCGUUUCUCCAUGGUUCUCUUUGGAGCUUCCAUAAAGUCUGUGAAAUACUCAGAUAAGAAGAAUAUAGAGAAGCAAGUCCUGGACAGCUUGGUCCCACUACUUUUGUACUCUCAGGAUGAAAAUGAUGCAGUCGCUGAGGAGAGCAGGCAAGUCCUAACUGUAUGUGCCCAGUUCCUGAAGUGGAGGCUCCCCCAGGAAGUAUACUGCAAAGAGCCCUGGUACAUCAAACCUGCUGAAGCUGGAACAGUCUGCAAAUUCUUUGGAAAACAAUGCAAGGGGAAAAUUAACAUCCUAGCCCAAACAUUGAUGUACUCCAAGAAUGCAAAACUUCCCAUCCGAAGAUCAGCAGUCAUGUUUGUAGGGCUCUUAUCAAAGUACAUGGAUCGCAGUGAGCUCAGGAUGAAGGGUACUGACUGGAUAGAGGAUGAUCUGAGAGGUCUGCUGCAAGACCCAGAGCCCUCUCUGCGCAUCCUCGCGUUCCAGGCUCUGUACCAAGUCCAGAAGGUGAGGGCCGAGCCAGAAACUGAGCAGACGGUUUGCUGGUUGAGGAGGCUCAUGGGCUGUCUCCCUACCUAGAAAUGCAACAUAAGCAAGUCAGACUUAAAACAAUGCCAGCAUGAAGAUACUUCCACCUAUUUAAUUACUUCCAACAUGUUUUGUGUUGUCAAAACCUUUAAGUAGUUAGAAUAUAUAGGGGGAGGGCAGCCCUUAGUUUAAAUUUGCAGAUAUAGUGAAAAAUGUACUGAGUGUUUUAGGCAUACCAGAAGAUCCAUAAAGUUCCUGUCUUGAUAAACAAUUCAAGGACAGCUUCAAAAGAGAGUCUAAAUAAAUGUUAAUGUUAUAAUGUUAGUAUUAUUGGCUCUUUUACCAAUUCCCAGUCUCCUUAAUUGUCAAUAAUCUUAAGAAUAA